AUUCUGCACAGCCACGCCCCGAAGGCUCUGCUUGUGAGAGGCUGUCCAAGAGUGGCCACCGCCGUGGUCUGAUGGCAUCCUCUCAUAUGACACCCGCCCAGAUGGUGGGAGAGUUUCUUCAAUCUCCAGACGAUCUCAUGAAGCUCGCCGCGUUCAGGAAGAAGCUCGAGAAAGAGAAAGCUUCCAUAGACGCUAAACUAAAGAGUGGCGUAAAAGAUCAGCUGGAAGCCACUAGGGAGGGACUGCGGAAACUCUUGCAAACGAAGAGUCAUGUACAGUCUAUUAGGGAUGAGCUGCAGAACGUGGAGACCAUGUUUAACGGACCCACAAACAAUAUCAAAACCUUCGACCAGAUUAGCAGGGUCUCGAUGGUGCACCGGAAUUUUGUUCAAACCGAGGAAGUUGUCAACAAUCUGACAGAGAUGUAUUCUCGGUUGGACACAGUGGAAGCCCAAUUGGAAGCCUCUCGUGAAGACAUCCUCGGACCAGCACCUUACAUUCUUACCAUACACUACCGCCUCAACCAAUUGGAAGCUUUCCGAAACCAAACUCUACAUCAAGCCAAGCGUGCAUCGGCAGAUGUGAGGAACACUCUCAAAAAUCAUUUCUCCAGACUCGACGGGGUCAUACAAAGUUUCGACGAGUACAUUAUAAUGAUGGGCGAAAAUCUGCUCGAAAUUGCUCGCGCUGGUUACCCAAAUGCGAUCGUGAAGCUGGUAAAAAUUGUCGAAAUUGAAGGAAAAGAGGACGAGAAGGCUGUCAGUAUACGUCUCGUCAAAAAAGCUGCCAAAAUCGAUGCUGCUGCCAAAUUCAAGUCGAUAGCUGCCGAGUCCAGACGACUGAAGCAUUAUCGUGCUAAUAUCCUACAAAAAGUAACGGAAACUAUCAAUCGUAAGGUCCAAACGGCAUACGAGGAGUCGCUCGCGAACGGAAAAGGCGAAGCUGGAUUCCUUGAUACCAUUAGUUGGAUGUAUACCGACCUACUCCAGGCACAAUCUCUGCUUACCCCUUGCUUCCCUGCCGAUUGGGAUAUCUACGGUCAAUAUGUUCGGAAAUAUCACAAGGCCGUGGACGGUGUCAUUCGCAGGAUUGUGGCUUCAAAUCCUGAGGCUUCAACGCUACUUGCUCUCCACGCAUUCCUCAAGCAGUAUAAAAAAGACAUGAAGGAACUUGCGUCUAAUCCGGAAUGGGUGACACCAGCACUCCUGGAUGGCUCGGAACAGUCACUGAUCGACGAUUACGUCUCCCUCAUUUUGCGCAAGUUAUCUGAAUGGUCCAAGAACAUUAUGCAGGAUGAACGAAAGGUGUUCAUCACUCGAGACGAGUCUCCCGAAGAGGAUGCAGAUGGUCUGUAUGGAAUGCAGAGGACGGUCAUCCUCUUCCAGAUGGUCAACCAGCAAGUAGACCUAGCUUUGGACAGUGGCCAAGGUGCAGUGCUGGCCAAGGUUGUGACCGAGGUGUCGCGAGUGCUACGCGGUAUGCAAGACACAUGGUCGAGACUUGUCGAUUCCGAACUCAAGAAACAAGUGGACGCCAAGCCGGGAGAGGAGGUUCCCGGAGGGUUAGUUGACUAUAUCAUUGCUCUUGCUAACGAUCAGAUUCGAUCUGCCGAUAACUGCGAAGCUCUAUCGGCACGUAUCGAGGAGCUCGUCAGCGAGAAGUAUCGCGUCGUCAUUCGAAAUGAGCUUAAUACCACAAUUGACGGCUACGUAGAGGUAGUCAACAGAUGCACACAAUCCCUCGUUACCAUUGCCUUCAACGACAUUAAACCAGCCACUAAGCAACUAUUCAACUCUCCACAAUGGUACGACGGGACGCUAGCUACGCAGAUUGUCGAAACGUUGAAGGACUACAUGAAUGACUAUCAAUCCUUCCUGAAUCCAUCCAUUCUCGAUCUUCUGAUCGAGAACUUCCUUGAUAAUUUCCUCGUCACCUAUCUCACCGCCCUUCAUCGGACAUCGAAACUGAAGAUGCCCGCUGCCGCCGAUCGCAUCAAAGAAGACAUCGCUCUCACGUACGACUUCUUCGCACAAAUUCUCGGUCCAAACAAACGUCCAGAGGAAUUGGAGCGACAAUUCGAAAUUAUUGAAAUGUGCCACGCGCUCCUCACUGCAAGCAAGAACUUGGUGUUCCUAAGCUUCUGGAGUUUCGCCAAGGUUCAUGGGCCUAACUUAACUUUCGUGGAAGGUCUCAUGAAGGCGAGAGAUGAUCUGGACAGAAGUGCAGUCAAUCAGGUGAUGGAGAGCGUUAAGAGGAAAGUCAAGGAAGAGGGGCUAGGCGAUCCGCCGGAGCCGACAAUCAUGAAGAAAAUUGUUAUGCAGAGUAUACUUUCUACUUUCUUGUCACGGUGAAGCCGCUUAUGGACAUCACAUCUCGUUCAUAAUAUUAACACUUCAAUAAUUUUGCAAACACAUCAUUACAUGUAAUGUAAGGACUUCCGCAACGUGGUCGAGAUUCUUCGUGGACAUCUUGCCGGGAUUUCUAUUGUCAAUUGUAUUGGUUACACUGUGUACAAUUCCUUCACUCGUACAAACACAAUCCGAGAAAUUCGCCACCGAAAC